GUUGCCGACGACGCGAUACCAUAUGUAAUGCAAGGAAUGAGCAAUUCGACGGCCGUUUCGAACAGCGGAUCGCGGAACAAGCGGGUUUGCUAAGGAGCCUCUCGUCGUAGUCACUAGUUACAAGUUUUAUCGUGCCCUGUUGUUGUUGUGUUACCAUUCGCUCGUUGUGAGCAUUAAGAGCAUACAAUAAAGGAUAGGAAAAGAAGGAAGAUGAACAAAAUAAAUCGGAGUCUGUGAGAAGAGGAUUGUUACGUUCGAAGCGAGAGGAGACUGUUCAUGCCUAUGUACGUGUACUGCUUUGGGAUGAUUGUAAAAGAACUACUGAUAAAGAGUGCCGUUGCUGCGAGGCACUCGGAGAAGCUCCUAGUUGAGAGGAGAUGCUUGUUCUCGAAACUUUAAGAUAAUUUGUAUCAGCCCGAGCUUUAUUAGCCCGUGCUGUUAUAAAUUUCAAAAUUUAUAAGUAUAACGGUGAAGCGAAUUAUAUGUUACUUUUUAUUGGCUCCGGUUUCACAAUCAUUAUUUAUUAGAAGUAUACGAAUUCUCUUGGGAGUUAUGAAAUCAUAAGUUGCUGUUUGUUAUGGAAAGGGAAGAGAGAAAAGCAAAUAUCGCUUUUUCUCUUGGACGCGUCCUAUCGAGUGCGUUUCAUGUCUCUUGGCGUUUUUGACAGUUCAACGCUGCAUCAGUGGCGUUGCAUCAGCUACUCGGGCUUGGAGCGCACGAACCUAAGUAUACUCACUCUUCCUUUGUCUUGGAAAGAGGCAAUACUUACCGUACAAGCACUGAAACUACCUGGUUUGCAUCUUCGUCCACUUUUCAGUGACAGAAUAUCAGGCUAGCCAGCUGGAUCAUUCUUGUAGUGUGACGAUUAUCGUUGGACUGCAAUACCGUGUGGCAAGGAUAAGCUACACCGCAACCCAUCGAUCAUCGUAAAAAUUACCAGUCACAUUGCAGGAAUGGAUACAUCGGGCUCGCCUGUACCGGAUGCAAUCCAACCGCUUUUUGAACAACUUCAAGAAGCUCUUGUGCUUGAGACUAAGUAUCAGCCAGAUCUACGAUUACCUACAACAACUCUGAAUGAUGAGAUCACAAUUGGGUCAAGAGAUGGUUCUGCACAUGUACUUAGAUGUCUUAAAGUUUGGUAUGAUCUUCCAUCACAUGUGUUCUUCAUCGCUAUUAACCUAAUGGACUGUUUCUUAAGCAAAAUGAAGGCUAAACCAAAACACAUGGCAUGCAUUAGUGUUUCCUCAUUUUAUAUAGCUGCUGUUCAAAUGGCUCAACACUCUCUUGAUGCCGAUCAUUUAGUGUCCAUAUCGCAAUGCAAGUGCACCAGUGGAGAUUUGAAACGUAUGUCUGAAAAGAUUCGUAAUAAACUGGAAUGGGUACCAGGCACACAACCAAUCACCUCACUCACUUUUCUCCGUUUCUUUAAUAUUAUGUUUCAAGCUGCUGCAUCCCAACUAGGUCUUGGAGAUUUAUAUGCAAGCAUGGUUUUGGAAUCAGAAUUGCUUUUACGCCUAGAAAUGGUAGCUUGUGAUGGUAAUUGUGCUAGCUUAAGGCCAUCAGAAGUAGCUCUUGUUCUACUUUGUACUUAUCUAGAUGAUGCUGUGAACUGUUUAGAUUCAAAUAGUAACAAAACAAUGCCUAAUAUAUCUGGUUCAUCAACCUUAGACGAUUCCUCAUCUAAUACACAUCUAAUGCUUAGACUAGUAGAAUUUGCAGCAGAAUUACAAAAAAUGUGCAAGAUCUCAGAUACCAGCUUUUUUGCAACACAUAAAUCUGUAGGUGCAAUACUAAGCAAGUACAAUGCACAAGAGCAAACUCCGCAUAGACAAAGGCUUAUUUGGAAAUUAUCAUCUAGAACGGCUCGCUUAUUAAGACCAACUGAUAAAUUUACGUCGGUAUUACCUGUUAUUGCUGAACACACUCCAACACCAUCACCUAAAAGAAUUAUAAAAAGCCGUAAAUUUGCGCGUCGUCAUGGACAUAAAAGGCGUUAAUCGAAAAGAAAAUCAUUUCUUAAAAAAGG